AUGGUACUAAUACUGGGCCGCAGACUGAAUAGAGAGGAUAGCGGGGUUCGUGAUUCCCCUGCAACCAAACGUAAAGUUUUUGAAAUGGACCCAAAGUCCUUAUCAGGUCAUGAGUUUUUUGACUUCUCUUCAGGAUCAUCCCAUGCUGAAAGCAUACUCCAGAUCUUCAAUGAGUUUAGAGACAGCCGCUUGUUCACAGAUGUAAUUAUCUGUGUGGAAGGAAGAGAGUUUCCCUGUCAUCGAGCUGUUCUCUCAGCCUGCAGUAGCUACUUCAGAGCUAUGUUUUGCAAUGAUCACAGAGAAAGCAGAGAAAUGUUGGUGGAGAUCAAUGGCAUUUUUGCUGAAGCUAUGGAUUGCUUUUUACAGUACGUGUACACUGGCAAGGUGAAAAUCACUACAGAGAAUGUGCAGUAUAUCUUUGAAACAUCAAGUCUCUUUCAAAUUAGUGUUCUGCGUGAUGCUUGUGCCAAGUUCCUGGAAGAGCAACUGGAUCCUUGUAACUGCCUGGGAAUCCAGCGUUUUGCUGAUACACACUCACUAAAGACACUCUUCACCAAAUGCAGAAAUUUUGCACUGCAGACAUUCGAGGAUGUUUCUCAGCAUGAAGAAUUUCUUGAGCUUGGGAAAGAUGAGCUCAUUGAUUAUAUUUGUAGUGAUGAGUUGGUGAUCAGUAAGGAAGAGAUGGUUUUUGAAGCAGUUAUGCGCUGGGUUUACCGUGCUGUUGAUCUGAGAAGACCAGUGUUACAGGAACUUCUAACACAUGUGAGACUCCCUUUAUUACAUCCUAACUAUUUUGUACAGACAGUGGAAGUGGAACAGCUGAUUCAGAAUUCUCCAGAGUGUUAUCAGCUGCUGCAUGAAGCAAGAAGAUACCACAUACUUGGAAAUGAAAUGAUGUCCCCAAGAACUAGACCACGCAGAUCAACUGGUUAUUCUGAGGUGAUAGUUAUUGUCGGAGGCUGUGAACGAGUUGGGGGGUUUAAUCUGCCAUACACUGAAUGCUACGAUCCUGUGACAGGAGAAUGGAAGUCACUGGCUAAGCUCCCAGAAUUUACCAAGUCUGAAUAUGCAGUGUGUGCUUUACGGAACGAUAUUCUUGUUUCAGGUGGAAGAAUUAACAGCCGUGAUGUGUGGAUUUAUAACUCUCAGCUUAACAUUUGGAUCAGAGUUGCUUCCCUAAACAAAGGCAGAUGGCGUCAUAAAAUGGCUGUCCUUCUUGGUAAAGUGUAUGUAGUUGGAGGGUAUGAUGGGCAAAGUCGACUCAGCAGUGUAGAAUGUUACGAUUCAUUUUCCAAUCGAUGGACAGAGGUAGCUCCACUUAAAGAAGCGGUGAGUUCUCCAGCAAUAACCAGCUGUGUAGGCAAAUUGUUUGUGAUUGGUGGAGGUCCUGAUGACAACACGUGCUCUGACAAGGUUCAAUCAUAUGAUCCUGAUACUAAUUCUUGGUUGCUCCGUGCAACUAUCCCCAUUGCAAAGAGAUGCAUAACAGCUGUAUCUCUAAACAAUCUAAUCUAUGUCGCGGGAGGGCUCACCAAGGCAAUUUACUGCUAUGAUCCAGUUGAGGAUUAUUGGAUGCAUGUACAGAAUACAUUCAGCAGACAGGAAAACUGUGGCAUGUCUGUGUGUAACGGCAAAAUCUAUAUCCUUGGUGGAAGACGAGAAAAUGGAGAAGCCACAGACACUAUUCUUUGUUAUGAUCCUGCAACAGGCAUCAUCACGGGAGUAGCAGCCAUGCCCAGGCCAGUAUCGUAUCAUGGCUGUGUGACUAUUCAUAGAUACAAUGAAAAAGGCUUUAAACUGUAAAG